AUGCCUCAAAUUUCAGAUACGCCAGAAUCUUUGCUCCCGCGCACGGAUUCUAGAAACCCAGCAACAACAUGUAGAGGCAUUACUGCCCAAGGCCGGCCUUGUCGCCGAGGCUUGGCGCCGUCUCAAACUCCAUUUCCGGCAUCUACUCCACGAAAAAGAGAUGAUCGUUCUAUUGUUCCAGAUUUGUCGUCUCUAUAUUGUUGGCAACAUAAAGAUCAGGCGGCUUCAUCGACAACAGGCAAUGGGUCAAAUGUAGCACCCAAGCGGAGAGCUAGUAUCGAUACGCUUAUGGAUCGACUUGGUGUACUCGAAAUUAAAGAUGAGAAACCCGUUCCAAAUAAAGCAACGCAGAAACGACGUCCUCGUCAAAAGAAAACGUUCUGCUGCUUCACGAUUGAAGAGGACAGCUGUGAGGAUUAUCGCCCUGCUAGGCCGGCGCAAAAGCCGAUGCAGACUCGCCCAUCGCAAGGCGUCUCGCCUUCUCCUCAAAAUCCAUAUCAAAAGGUACAGCGCCCUGUCUCCACGGGACGUCCACAGCACGGGCGUGUUUCUUCUGGACCACAAAUGCCCCUACGGCCCUCAGCCCCAAACCAACGGAAAUCUUCUUCAUCCUCGCAAACAAAGUCUCUACUGUCAUGGAUCCCACCGACGCUUUCUCCACAAACAACAUCUGUACUUCUGACAGAAUUAGCUAAGCCUAUCUCAGAUGCGGAUGAUGAGGGCUAUAUCUAUAUGUUCUGGGUAACACCCCCAACUACGACUUCACGCGGCAAUACGACCCAAACACCGCUACCAAGCGAGAUUGCUUCGUCAUUGAUUCCGCCCGCAACAUCUGGAAACAAAAGUCUCCGACCACCCGCUCAGCCUCGUAGCGUCAGUGAUGCUAUUAGUGCUGCACGCGACAUGAACGCUCUCACGUCUAAUCCGACAUCGAACACUCCCGGAACUAUUCGGUUGAAAAUCGGACGCACAAGUAAUGUGCAUAGACGAAUGAAUGAAUGGACCCGACAAUGCUCAUAUGACUUGACCUUGAUCCGCUAUUAUCCAUAUACAUCUUCGUCAGCAUCGUCGUCUCCGGCUAGAGUGCCACAGCCCCGGGCCCAUGCAGGAUUAGACGCCAAUCUAGUCCCCGGCCGAAAGGUGCCACAUGUUCAUCGCGUAGAGCGAUUGAUUCAUCUUGAGUUAACAGAUAUACGACUCCGCGACUUAGGUAAAUGUGGAGAAUGCGGUAAGGAGCAUCGCGAAUGGUUUGAGGUUGAGGCGGCGAAAGAGGCGCUGAAGAAGGUGGAUGAGUGUGUGCGGCGGUGGGUUUCGUGGGGAGAAUCGAUGGCAUAG